CUCAGUGGUGCGGCCGGCGGCAGCUAUGGCGGCCGUCCGCGGCCUGCGAGUGUCGGUCAAGGCGGAGGCCCCGGCGGGGUCGGCUCUGAGCCUCCCGUCCCCCGAGGUGGAGUCUGGCUUGGAGCGUGGCGAGCCGGAACCCAUGGAGGUGGAGGAGGGCGAGCUGGAGAUGGUGCCGGUGCGGCGCUCGCUGAAGGAAUUGAUCCCGGACACAAGCAGAAGAUACGAAAACAAGGCUGGCAGCUUUAUCACUGGAAUCGAUGUGACCUCUAAAGAAGCAAUUGAAAAGAAAGAACAGCGAGCCAAGCGCUUCCAUUUUCGAUCAGAAGUGUAUCUUGCUCAGAGAAUUGUAGCCUUGGACCGAGACAUGAUGAAGAAAGCAAUCCCCAAAGUGCGACUGGAGACAAUCUACAUUUGCGGAGUUGAUGAGAUGAGCACCCAAGAUAUCUUUUCCUAUUUUAAAGAGUAUCCUCCUGCUCACAUCGAAUGGCUGGAUGAUACCUCAUGUAAUGUGGUUUGGCUGGAUGAAAUAACAGCCACACGAGCACUUAUUAAUAUGAGCUCUCUGCCAGCCCAGGAUAAGAUAAGAAGCAGGGAUGUCAACGAAGAUAAAUCAUCUGAAAAAAGCAAAAAAGACAAGCAGGAAGACAGUUCAGAUGAUGAUGAAGCUGAAGAAGGAGAAGUUGAAGAUGAGAACCCAAGUGAUGUAGAGUUGGACACAUUAUCUCAGGUAGAAGAAGAGUCUCUCUUAAGAAAUGAUCUUCGUCCAGCUAACAAACUUGCUAAAGGAAAUAGGCUAUUCAUGAGAUUUGCUACAAAAGAUGACAAAAAGGAACUUGGGGCAGCCAGAAGAAGUCAGUACUACAUGAAGUAUGGGAAUCCAAACUAUGGAGGCAUGAAAGGGAUUCUUAGCAAUUCCUGGAAGCGAAGAUAUCAUUCCCGUCGCAUUCAGAGGGAUGUGAUCAAGAAGAGAGCCAUGAUUGGGGAUGACGUCGGCUUGACAUAUAAACACCGACAUUCCGGAUUAGUGAAUGUUCCUGAGGAACCCAUUGAAGAAGAGGAAGAAGAGGAGGCAGAGGAGGAAGAAGAUCAGAACAUGGAUGCAGACGACAGGGUGGUGGUAGAGUACCAUGAGGAUAUCCCAGCACUCAAACAGACCUGUGAGCGGAGCUCAUCCAGGCGGUCCAGUGCUAGCAACUCAGACUCAGAUGAAAUGGACUAUGAUCUAGAACUGAAAAUGAUUUCUACUCCUUCACCAAAGAAGAGCAUGAAAAUGACUAUGUAUGCUGAUGAAGUGGAAUCUCAGUUGAAAAAUAUUAGAAACUCCAUGAAGGCAGAUAGUAUGUCCACGAGCAAUAUAAAAAACCGAAUUGGGAACAAAUUGCCACCAGAGAAAUUUUCAGAUGUUCGACACCUCUUAGAUGAAAAACGUCAGCACUCACAUCCACGGCCGCCAAGCAGCAGUGCUAAAUCAGAUAUUCGCCAGCGGUUGGGAAAAAGACCAUAUUCUCCAGAAAAGGCUUUCAGUAGUAACGCAGUGGUUCGAAGAGAGCCCUCUUCAGAUGUGCAUAGUAGGCUAGGGGUUGCCAGGCAAGAUGUUAAAGGCCUCUACUCUGAUACUCGGGAAAAGAAAUCAGGUAGCUUAUGGACUCGCUUAGGAUCUGCACCCAAGACCAAAGAGAAGAACACGAAGAAAGUGGUUCACAGGGCUCCUGGCACUGAGGAAGAUGACUCUGAGCUUCAGAGAGCAUGGGGGGCUCUCAUUAAGGAGAAAGAACAAUCUCGCCAAAAGAAGAGCCGGUUAGAUAACUUACCAUCUCUCCAGAUUGAAGUUAGUCGGGAAAGCAGCUCUGGUUCAGAGGCAGAGUCCUGAUGUCCCUGGCCUGUGGCAGCUGUCCUGAGCCAGACAUUCUUACACAGAGGCUCACAGUAGGAGCCUCCCCUGCAGGAGUUGGGCCCCUCCCUCCUCUUAGAGCCACCCUCAGCUCUUGCUGCUUCAGCAGGACAUCCUAAGAGUGUGACACAUUUUGAAGGGCAUCUCUACCUUUUGCUGCAGAGCUGUAGUUCUGGGCCUCAGUUCUCCCACCACCCCACCAAGCUUUACCCUUUGAGAAAAAAGGCAGCCCUCCAGAUUUUGUAGGCAUUUUUCUUAAUAUUUUUAACAUUGUCUUUUAAAAGAAAUGUUUUACACCGUUCAUCCAAAGAGCAGAGAACUGAACUUCUCACUAUUGCCUUGGCCCUGACAGCUGUUACCAGCACCCUUUUCCCAGGAAAAGUCAAUUCCCAGGUGCUUACUGGACAGCCUUCGAGGGGAAAGAUGAGGGAAGCUACCAGCUCACUCUUCCAGGACCCUAGUAUGAGGGCCGAAUCUCAUGGACCUGACCUCAGAGGUGCACCUGACGCCCAGGUAGAUAAGAGUUGCAGCAGCGAUUGAACUUCUGAUAGAUUGCACUUCCGUUCUUCCCUUGGGGAUUCUGUUAGGGCCUCUUAUUGGCUCCAACUUGAUGUAAAGAUCAAGUUCAGUGCUGUGGGAUUUUUAGGAACAAAAACUGUGACUUGUGGAUAUGGGAUUGAUUUAUGUGCUAGGGGUUGGGUCAUGGGUUACUGUUGAACAAUUUUUAAGUCUGUAUUAUGUUUAAAAAAUAUUAAUGACUUAAAAGUUUAAAUUUUUAA